CCAUGACAUCCAAUCACAUUUGAAUCUUAUUACUCUACCAUGAACACACUCAAUCAAACAUCCAUCCUUGUCUUUAAACAGAGACCGAUGUCAUGUCAGAUGCUGAAACUGAAAAUAAAGUACUGACUUUAUGAAUUGGAAGCACCUUCAGGUGUAGCUAACUAAUCACUUCUAAGCUCAGUUCUUUCCUCGCGAAAUCCGAGAAAUGGUUUUUCUACACGGCAAUCUCAUGUGGCUUCAAUUCAAGCGAGUUUUGCGACUGAUGCUUAGAUGUCAUAGAUUGUCAUCCCCGGCUUGGCAAAUUGCUUGAACUCCUCGAAAAGCCAAAUCUUCAACUACAUAACCUUGACCUUGCCUUUUGAUCUGACAUGGUGAAGGUCACACUGAAGCCUGAGUUCCAGAAGCGUGGAGUCUAAACGGUUGUGCAUAUUGUGUUUACAUCGCCCUCUCUUGCUCGCUCCGAUUUGGGCACGGGAAUUCCAUAAACUGCGUACAAUGGACGGUGCACUCUGUUUCCCUCUGGUUCAGGAUUUAGAACAUGAGCAACAGGCUCUCGAAAUUGUACGCGUCGUCGAGAGCUGCGUCUAGGCCAGAUCCAGCUGAACAAUGUCAGAAACCUCCGGAAAAGUACCGAUGCACGCUGAAGAAUCGAACGUACAAUGCUUGGCAGAGGACAACUCGGGUUCGCAGAGACGUCUCCCAUGAUGCGAAUCUGGCUGUCACGACGGUUUGCCCCCAUUUCAGACGGUGUUAUUGUCUUCUUCGUGGACGUCUACAACUUGAACGGAGUCGGAGACAGUCUGAGACUCUGAUUUCACUACUACUGUACACGUCCAAUUCUCCAGAGGAUUGCACACAUUCGGCCUCGCACGUGAUGAUAACUUCGAUUCAGCGCAGUGUGAGGCAUGCGUAUGCAAUUGACCCUCUGAGAACGCGACGAGCGAAUUCUUUGCAAGUGUAACGAUGAGCUACGAUCUCAUCAUCAUCGGAGCUCACUGCACCCUCGGCAAGCUUGCUUGAACUCUG